GAAAUGAGAUACUACGGGAGGUAGCGUGGGUGAUUUUUGAUGAGAUUCAUUAUAUGCGUGAUAAAGAUUUCCGUCCAACUCCUUUACAACAUUAUGUGUUCCCAGAUGGUGCAGAAGGAAUAUAUUUGGUAGUUGAUGAGAACGGUCGAUUUCGAGAGGAUAAUUUUCAACAAGCAGUCGCCAAUUUAGAACAACCACCAAAUUCUUUUCCGCCUUCUGCACACAUGUCCAAAAAAGAAGAAGAAAAAGAACUAAUAAAGAAAGUCAUUGAUAAUGCCAUCGAGCUUUUAUCAGAGGAAGAUCGCGAUUUACCAUGGUUUCAGAAUUUAUUACCGCUCUUGCGGCGUGGAAUUGGUGUGCACCAUUCGGAGUAUAUGUUGGAGCAUAGUUUUUAUCAAUUUCAAAAUGCUGCACCUAUACCCCGAUUGAAAGAAGAAAAAGAGUGCUCGAUGAUCGAAAUUCCUCAAGAGGAAGUAGUUUCUCAAUACCACAACCUACGUCUGCUUCAAGGUGAAUUUGAAAAACAAGUCCGAGAUAUAAUCUUUAAGCCGGAGCAUUGCUUGACUUAUCUAAAUAGAGGCAGAUUGGUGAAGGUUAAAUUCAACGAAGAAAUUACAUACAAGAUUAAAGUGUUAGUAAAAGUAACUAGAGAUUCAUUCUCGUCUUAUGAUGGAGUAGAUCUUGAUGUGAAGCCAUGUCCGCCAAAUGAGCAAGGUGUUUGUAUGAUUGUUCCAGUAGGUCUUGGAGAUCUACAGAUAUUAAGUCAAUUUCGAUUUAAAUCAAAUGUCGAUGAUUUGGAACAUGAUGUCACACAAAGAAACUCUGUAUAUAAAAGCGUUUUGAGGCUUAUCUCUGAAGAGCCCGAUGGCCGUCCAAUGGAUCCUCAAGAACAUCUUAAUAUUAAAGAUGAUAGGCUUUACGGUAUUUUGCAGUUAAAUCAUAAUCCAACCACAAAUUCUCCUGAAAUUUACGAGAGUUAUCUGAAGAAACUGAAAAUUCGAGAUAGAAUUCAAUUAAUUCAAAAACAACUGCGCGAAUCUGAAUUAAUACUUCAUCUUGAUGAGCUCAAAAGGCGAAAACGUCUACUUCGCCGGUUGGGAUACUUGUCUUCAAACGAUAUAGUUGAAUUUAAGGGUCGGGUUGCAUGUGAACUUACUUCCGGUGAUGAAUUGGUUUUAACGGAACUACUAUUAAAUGGUGUAUUUAAUGAAUUAUCGGUUCCAAUGACUGCUGCUAUGUUAAGCUGCUUUGUAUGCGACGAAAUACCAAGUGAACCAACAGGCAUGCUUCCACAAGAGUAUAAUGUAUUGUUCCGCAAGGUUCAGGAAACUGCGAAAAUCAUAGCUGAUGUAACUGAAGAAUGUAAUAUUCCAAUUGAUAAAGACGUAUAUCUAGCGAGUUUCUCACCAGCAUUAAUGGAGGAAUGCAACAUUUAG